AUGACGGAUCUGUCACGCAUUCUCCCGGACUUUCCAGCGGAGCCCUAUGCAAGAAUCUUGGCCAAAGUCGAGCAGCAACAGUUGACUACAACCGACUUGAUCACCCUCGAUGUUGCGGAGCUAGGCAAGCGGACCAAGCUUCCUCUGUUGGACAUUCGACGGUUAUGUAAUGCAGUCCUCGGUGCUCUGCAUGCCGACUUGGGCGCAUCGGGCUCGGCGGCACCCAAGACAUCGACUCCUCGGAGGCAGACGGGCGACGAUGUGGUGAAGCAAUGGAAUUGCAUCAGUACGCUGGACGAGAAUCUCGAUCAUGCUCUGGGAGGUGGCAUCCCAACCGGCCAGGUCACGGAGAUCACUGGUGAAAGCGGUGUCGGCAAGACUCAGUUCCUGUUGACUCUGCUCUUGGCUGCGCAGCUACCGCCGCCUCACGGGCUUGGCCGUUCUGCCUUGUACAUCUCGACAGAGGCACCGCUCUCUACCAAACGUCUGUCGCAAAUCCUACGGUUUCACCCGCUCUUCAAGGACAUGGAUCCUGACACCAAGCCUUCUCUGGAUCAGGUCAUUAGCACCGUGACUCCAGACCUUGAGUCACAGGACCAUAUCCUCAACUUUCAGGUGCCCGUGGAGAUUGAGCGUCGCAACAUUGGCCUUGUUAUUAUCGACUCGGUGACGGCCAAUUAUCGCGCCGAGUACGAACGCGGUGGCAGUGGAGGCACCACUCAGCGCUCCGGCGGCUUUAACAUGGGCACCCGGAGCAACGAGCUGGUCCGCCUAGGGCAACUCUUACACGAGCUCGCUCGCAAGCAUAAUCUCGCCGUGGUCGUCUCCAACCAGGUCAGCGACCGUUUCUCCGACUCGAGCUCGGCUGCGCUGGCCGCUUCUAAGCGAAGCACCGCCAGCAGCAGCCUGCCGUACCCUUUACCAACCGGACCGAUUCCCCAGGAGAGCCCGCUCGCCAAGCGGAGCAAAGGGCACAACGGACCCUUGCCGACUGCCGAGCCCACCUCCAGCAUGCCCCCCGAGUUCAUCAAAUCGAGCCUGCCGGAGCCGCCGCCCGAGGAACCGUAUGCGCCGCCGGCACUACUCCUCGACCAUCAGCAGCGCUGGUUCACGGGCUGGGGCGACGACCCGUACGCCGACUACACCCUCAAGACUCCAAGUUUGGGCCUCGUCUGGUCGACGCAGCUCGCUUGCCGCAUCGCUCUGCUCAAGCGGCCAGUGUACGGGCGCAAGCAGGUCAUCGAAGAGGAAGGCAGCACCGAUGUGUACCUCAAGAACUGGAAGCGGUGGAUGAAGGUUGUUUUUGCGCCUCAUGCAAAAUCUAGCGGACCUGGAUUCGAGGAUGCAGUCGAAUUCGAAGUGACUAUGGCUGGCGUGAAGGCGGUUGAUAAGACGAAGAAGUAG